CAGAAUCCAGUUUUAUAAGAGACCACAUUUAUUCACCGGUGUGUUCAAGCAAAAGCAAAAUUAUGAAGUUUCUGUUAUAUUCUGUCCUGUGCAUUUUUUCUGCAAUAUCUAUGGUCUCUUCUCUUAAUAACACAACACUAGAAAAAGGUCUUCUGGACUUUUUCUUCAACAACUGCAAACAAUGUAAAUGUGGUGUACCAAAUAGAGAGUCCAGACUCAUUGGUGGCGAAUACUUGAGAACCUACGAAUUCCCUUGGAUUUCUAUGAUACAAAUUAAGUCCAGUGUAGCUCCAGCUGUGCUGAUAAACGACAAAUAUGUCAUAACGGCUGCCAACCAAGUUUUGGGCCUCUCACCUCUGGACAUCAAAGUUACCCUAGGAGCUUUUGACAGGUGUUUUCCUGACCAAUCAUCUGCCAAUGUGAGUGUGGACCAAAUCAUAGUCAACCCUGACUUCAGUCCGGGAAACAGGGCCAACGACUUGGCCCUAAUAAAACUGUCCACCCCUGUAACUUUUGAUAAAAGAGUUCGACCUAUUUGUCUUUCAACCCCAGGCUACAACUAUCUAGGCCAAGUGGCCACUGUGGUGGGCUGGUCGGAGGCCCAAACAGUCGAAGGUCCCAUAGUGGCGUCGUGUAGGCCGAGAAAGUCAGGGUUGCCAAUAUUGGGACACGACGAAUGUUUGGGAACAGCUGCAGAUCCUCAGUACUUCAGCGCUGAUAAGGGUUGCGUAGGUGUAGUGGGAGCCCCCAGCGUGGUUUGCAACGUUGAUGCAGGAGGGCCUGUAAUGUACAGAUCUAAAUCUGGAGUCUAUGAUUUAAUAGGUAUUUUGUCAGAUCAAAAUGACUGCAGCCCCAAACCCAGUACGGCCCUGUAUACAAAUAUAAAUCAGCAUUUGAGGUGGAUUACACAAAACACCAAGGAUGCAUGUUAUUGUUACAAAACAUAAAUUAAUUUUUUGACAAAUAUUCUAUGAC